GACAAAGAACAUCGCUUCGUUGGCAUGACAGAAAAGACAGCACUGCAAAAAGAGCUUUUGGCUGCCUUAUUCCAGAAUGAUGUAAAAGCUGAGGGGAAUUUUGAAAAACACCAAGGCUUUUGAAAGAAGUUUAUCCAGUCAUAGAAUGAGUAUUAAACAGGGCGAAGAGAUGUGGAAGUGAACAUGGGGGACUGGAACUUGCUUGGGAGUAUCUUGGAGGAAGUUCACAUUCACUCCACUAUCGUAGGGAAGAUCUGGCUAACAAUCCUCUUUGUUUUCCGUAUGUUGGUCUUGGGGGUGGCAACAGAGGAUGUCUGGGAUGAUGAGCAGUCCAAGUUCAUCUGUAACACAGAGCAGCCAGGUUGCAGGAAUGUCUGUUAUGAUAAAGCCUUCCCCAUCUCCCUCAUCCGAUAUUGGGUUUUGCAGAUCAUCUUUGUGUCGUCGCCUUCCUUGGUGUACAUGGGACAUGCACUUUACAGAUUAAGAGCUUUGGAAAAAGAGCGACAGAAGAAGAAGGCACAACUGCGAGCAGAACUGGAAGAACUUGAGCCUCUACUGGAUGAAUACAGGAAGCUUGAGCGGGAGCUCAGAAAGCUCGAAGAACAGAAGAAGGUUAAUAAAGCACCUCUGAGGGGAUCCCUGCUGCGUACCUAUAUCUUUCAUAUCCUAACUAGAUCUGUUCUUGAAGUUGGUUUUAUGGUGGGCCAGUACAUUUUAUAUGGAUUUCAGCUGGAUUCUGUCUAUAAAUGCACCAAGAUGCCAUGUCCAAAUACUGUGGAUUGUUUUGUGUCAAGACCUACAGAAAAAACCAUAUUCAUGGUAUUUAUGCACAGCAUUGCUGCUGUUUCACUAUUUUUAAACCUCUUGGAAAUAUCUCACCUGGGUGUUCGGAAAAUUAAACAGAGUCUGUAUGGGACCUCCCGAUGCCAGGGCGCAGAGGAUGACCUAAUCAUCAGUAAGUCAAAGAAAAAUUCCAUGGUCCAGCAGGUCUGUAUCUUGAGCAACUCUUCACCUCACAAAAUUAUCCCCUUAACUCAGACCAGCUACAAAAUAUUACCCGAAGGGCAGGCUGAUGCCCUUCCAAUUUAUCUGCCUCCUGCAGGCUUUCAAACAAUUCAUGAGCAAACUGAUGAAAAGGAUGAGGUGCCUAGACAAACCCCACCUGAGCGCAUUCAUUGUCAAGGUGAUGAACACCCAAGGAAGCUGGCAGAAUGUAGCCAGAGUCAGCAUCACAUCUUGCACCCUGAGAAGGGAUCUGAGAGGCGCAAUACCCUGGAGAAUCGUGAUCAUUCCUGCAGCAGUGAGGACUCCAACAAUAACAGAACACAUGUCAAUGGGAUUGGCUCCAAGAACAUACCUCACCCAGCCAAGGCAGCCAUCCAUUCCAGCCACAUGGAGAUCCCAGCGGCAGUACGCAAUGCAUUACGCAAGCACAGUCGUGUCAGUGUUUGCAAGGACUAUGGGGAAGACCGCAGCGACUCCCCAGACAGCGGCCACUACCCUUCCACAAGGAAGGCAAGCUUCAUGUCGAGAGUAGUUUCUGAGAGCAAGCUGCCCAGUCGAUCAGGAAGCCCGGAGUCAAGGAGUGGUUCCAGCUCAGAAUCCAAGCGCCUUGGGAAAGGAGAAAGUCCUCCGAUCACACCCCCUCCAGCAGGCCGGAGGAUGUCAAUGAGCAUGCUGCUUGAGCUUUCUUCCAUUAUGAAAAAAUGAAAAAUGAAUCAGGAAGUGACACUUGGCAAGAUGCAAGAAUGGCUAUGGAGGCUUUGGUAAAGCUGAUAUUACUUCAUCAUAUUUGUGUAUGCCUUUGUUAUAGUUAAAUACAUCAUAUGAAAUAGAAAUACUGCUUAUUGUUUGCGGUAGCCUUACACUUCAUUAUUCUACUUCUUUAUCCUGAUUUUUUUAAUACUCGCAUAACUGAAGAAUACUCAUAUUUUCCUGUUAUACCUUUGCUCAGUAAAUAACUGAUCACUGACUGCAGUUGUGAUGAUUUUGUUUUUGGAGAGUUUUAAUUUGAACUACAUUUUAAAUUAAAAUGUAACAGAAUACUGAAAUGUA